GCUGGAGAUUGUGGAUGUGUCCGUCUGGGGGUGACCGCUGCACUUUGUCUGAGAGCCCGCCCUGAGAAAGCAGCUCUGGUUAAAUCCACACAGAGUGACCCCAGCACAGGGAGCUACGCUGAGGAUUCUUGACAUGCACAGAGACACGAAUCUGUCCUUGUGUUUUGCUGACCGCCCCCUGUGGGAUUACUGGGUCGCAGAAUCUGAGGACAGCAUUGCUCGGCCCCUGGUGAGAAUUCCCGAUGGACAGCAGUGUGACAUCUGUGCCCCAUCCCUCGAGAGACGUAUCAAGAUGGAGCAGGCCUGGCAGUUGUGGCAAGAAUUUCUGGAUGACUAUUCCCGGUUCAAUGACUGGAUGCAUUGGGCUGAAGCCCUAGCCAAGGAGCCCCUCUCUUCCCAGGUCCUGUAUUCCAUGGCUAAGGAGGAGCUAAAGCGGUUUGAGUGUCUUCAGAAACGGACGGAAGAGCACAUGAUCCAGUUGGAGUCAAUAAAUAUACGUUACAGGCGGCUUGCCAGGGAACAGGGCAUCAGAUUAGCCAACAAGCUGAAAGGAACAGUGCAUGAUGGGAACCAGAGGUGGGAUAACCUCCAGAGAAGAGUUGGCAUCAUCUGCAAAAGGCUAAAGUAUUUUGUAACCCAGAGGGAAGAGCUUGAGGCUGAGAAGGAAAACCUGUGGCUACAGCUAAUGCAGUUGGACAUCCAGCGCUCCGAGCUAGAAUAUUUCUCCCGGGAAGAGGCAGCGGAAAGGCUCCAUUCACUGCAGCAAGCAACUGGAGGCAUCACUGAGGGAAUCAAUGCCCUGCUGAGGGUGGCAAGAACCCUGCUGCAGAAAUGUGAGCCCCAAGACGGGGUGACAAUCGAAGCUGAGGUUCAGGAUCUCCUCCGGUUCCAGCAGGAAGUGUUUGGACAAGUGGACCGGCUCCAUAGGAGAUGCCACAGCAUUGGCCAGACAUCGGACAGAUGGGAAUCGGUCAGUGGAGGGGGCCUUGGCUCUGAGACCUGCUGUGACCGGAUCCUUGAGGUUGGACAAUGCUGGCAGCCAUUGUUGCAGCAUCUACUCCCUGAGGGGGUUCCUAACGACCAGCCCCCUGACCAUUCAAACCCGAGCAGCCUGGACUCCUUACCACUGGAGUGGGACUCGUCUGUGGACAUUGGAGACUUGAGCACACUAGAAGGCAGUGUUUCUCUUUGUAGCUCAGAACUCGACCAGCCCGGUGGCCCAGACGCCAUUGCCAGUCCAUGGGGCAGUAGGAGAAGCCGGCAGAUCCACAGCAGACGGAUAUAUAACUCCAGCAUGACACAACUGAUGGAUGUGGGCUGUCAGUGUAACUCUGAAGUUAACAUGGUAUCAGGUGACCACGGUCCUCUGUUUGACACCCAGUUGCAAGUCAGAGACAGACUCUCCUGGGAUGUUGCUGAUGCUGUUGGAAACCCACUCGCAGGGAAACUGACUAAGAGCAACAGACUCCGGAAGUGGCAACAUUUGGACCAGGAAGCAACGAGAGCCUGGGCAGAACGAGGCCAUUCAGACUGGCUCCAAGGUCAGAAUGUGGGCCCCACGGCAAGGGCCAAAUAUGUGAAGCAGUGGCUGCAACAGCUGGAGCCCAAACAGAAGCUUAGCAAGAGAGGAACCACCACACUGGAAGUAGCUGCAGGAGUUGACAGGCUGAGUGUAACUGGCACCGGAGAAAUACCUUUCUACCGUUUCAUUUCACACUGUCCUACCUUAACGGCCCACCACCGACGUGACCACUUCAGAACCUGGGAGCUUCUGCUGCUGCUUACCCAGAACCUAAUGGUGGCAUUGACUGAAGAACCCACUCCUCAUGUGAACAUUGUGACUGAGCUGACCAACUAUCUAGCUGCUAGAUUCCCAACACGACCCAACCUUUUGAAUGACUGCCUAGCACAGAGACAGAAUGGAACCAGCUUGCAACUGAAUGGAUUGGGGGCCAAGAUAUAGGGAUCGAGACUGGCAAGGUGGGAAUCUGGAAUGUUAUGUUUUGUUCCUUGCAUCGUAGAGAUUGUUAGCUGUUUCCACCAUUUCGUAUCUUGUUCCUGUAUUUGUAUCUAUUUUCUCCCUCCUGUGCAUCAAUGCAAAAGUGUCACCUGUGGAGUGACAAUUUCCUCUUUGAAACCCCUCACCCCAUCCCAUCAGUCCAGAACAACACAUACCUGCCCAUAGAGUGACAAACCUCAUGACCCAAUGAACAGCCUGAGAGUGACUCCCUCCACAGUAACAAGUCCCAAAUGCUGUUCUGAGUGAUGCCCAUCCAUCCAUGAUAUGAAUCUAUCUCUACGGAGUGACACCGACUGAAGGGGUCAAUGAUGUCUUGACUGAAGACCUCUUUUUGUCUUUUUCUUUAAAAAGAGGUGGUGCUCUCCAUUCUCCAUCAACUGGUCCAUGGGGUCUAUUAAUAUUCUUGCCCCAUGUUACUGUUGGAGAAGUGAUCCUUGAAGGGAUGAGGAGGCUGCUGCUAAUCAAAGCUCAAUGUCUCCCAUUCAAACUGAUGGGAGCUCAUUAGCUGGCUAGAAUGGAGGAGAGGGAGAUGUGAACUUGAAAAACUGUACAACUUACAGACGGGGCAAGGAAAUGAAGUGACAGGAAGGUUGAUUGUAUAAUGAUAAAGUUAACAAAGAAUUUGUGUGGGUGUGAUACAAUGUGCAGCCUAUUUUAAUCAGAAUGUUUAAAAGCUUGAAGACUGCAAGGGGGAUGUUGAUCCACUUCCCAUGGGAAGUGGAUCAAUGUGGAAAUUAGGGUGGGGCAGAUAGAGGCCAUUUUGCCCAUCAAGUUUGUACCAACCCUCCAAACAGCACAACCACUAUUUGAAAUGGCUUAGCUAGCAAGUUCAAAGGUAACUGGGGAUGAGCAACAAAUGCUGACCUCACCAGCGAUCUCCAUGUCCUGUGAAAAAAUAAAAAUUAUUCCAUGGUGUAAAACAUUCCAUAUGCACCUUUUAUUACACCUAUCCCACUCACCAAAGGGAGCAUCAGCAUCUUUGUUUCAGCUGUGGAUGGCUAAGCCAGCAUUUGUUACCCAUCUCUAAAUGUCCUGCAACUGGGUGGUUUGCGAGACCAUUCAGAGGGCAGUAAAAAAAAUUAACCAUGUUGCUGUGGGCCUGGAGUCACAUGUAGGCCAGAUCAGAGAAGGAUGGCAAAUUUUCUCCCUGAAAAAGACAUCAGUGAACUUGAUGUAACUUUACAACAAUCAACAUUGGUUACAUGGUCACCACUGGCUCGCCUUUCGUCCCAGACUUUCACCCUUUACCAUGAACGUUAGCCUGAAGUUCUGGACUCCUAGUCCAGUGAUAUUACAUCUUAAUUUCCUUGUGUGGAAGACAUACUCCAGGGAGAAUUGGUCUUUCAGAACAGGGUGGGUAAAUCCUGAAAACAGAAAGUGGCAGUGAUUUCCUCAACAGGAUGCUUUUUAUUGUAAUGACACAGAGCAGAAAUGCACAAGUCAGACCUGGAUCUGGGAACAGCCCUUGGUAAAUAUUUGGGCAAGUGCAGAUGUGUCAGAUGUUUGGGCUCCAAACAUGUAGAGAGACACACACGUGUGUGUGCAGCCACCCACCCUAUGGGCAGAUCUCAGCUCUGAGUAGCAAACUGUUCACUUUACACCCUUUUGAACAAUGAGGGUGUAUCUGAUCAUGGACCCAUUCUUUUGGUAAACAGAUGAAACAGUAUUGAAAGUGUGCUUGUGGACAAGUAUGUCGAGUGUGACUUGUUCACAAACGCAUUUGGUUAUUUCCCACACCCUUUUGCAACAGCAACAAGUCAAGUAUCAUAAAAACAGCAUAACAUGCAGGAGCUUUCUCUGGUUGGGUUGGUUUCAUAAUUUCAUAAAUGGAAAGAAGUUAUUAUAAAUACUAAAUCAUCCCACCCCAGGCAGAGCCACUGUUGGUGAGGAUCAAAUACUCGUUGGUGGAUGUGCGUGCACUGGGAAUAAGGACACCGCAGUGUAGCAGUAACACUUUAACUAGACUGCACUGUGCUAGAGUCAGAAUGCAUUGGAAAUGGGCUUCUCCAUUCCCAAAAAGGGAGUAAUAGAGAAAUAAACCAUUUUGUGAACUGGCUUGAGGUCCCGUUGUUGUUUGUUCCCAAGUCUGGUAAUGUAAACAAGAUGAUUCCUGAACUCCAGCUGCCAUUGAAGGGGGAAAAUGAAAGAGUGAUUUAUUCAACCUUCCUCAGCUUCAAGUGGCCCCACAGUGUUGGAGGAGUGAUGGUUGGGGUGCAAGGCUCCCCAUUUUCAUCAAAACGCAAACGCAGGGUGUUCCUGAUCACCAGCUUUUCCACAAUGAAAGAAGCACAGAACCAGGGCACUGCAUACUCUAAUGUCACCAACCCCAUGAAGUCAUAAUCAAACUGUGAGUAGUCCCAGGGGCAGGCAUUGAACUGACGCAGAAUAAGUCCAGUCGAGAACUCCCAGACGUAGGUCCAGAGGGUGUAGAUGAUGCACCUCACCACACUUGGACAUCGGUCCUUGAGGUACAGGUACAUCCGCUCCACCACCAUGAUCGAGGUGCCAUAGAUGAAAAGGGCCCAAACACUGGUGACCCCUGGGAAUUUCCAGUUGAAAUUGACCACAAACUCCCAGGCAGCUGUGAACAUCACCUCACAGAAAUAGCCAUGGAUGGCAUAAAGAUACCAGCGAGAGAGGGCACUGAGGGGCUCGACAGCCGCCAUUAUCCUCCUGCCAUCCUGAAACUGCACACAGACCUGAAGCAAAACAGAUUAAGGUUAUUCCCAGCUGUGUUGGAAGGUCAGCACUCCCCCAGCCCAAAA